AUGACAGACAUCAAUGAUUCCAAGACAAUCAAAGUUGUUGCUCCCAGAUUGCGCAGAACUCGGACCGGCAGCUCCGUGCGCAGCGGGGGACGUUCUGGUCCCAUUUCAGGCUCCAGGACUCUGCGACGCACCUUCACGUACGAUGGUGAACGCGUGGAUGGCGCUUCUAGGCAACGCGCAUCUCCCAGGAGGAGCCGUCCAGCAAUGGAAAAGGAAGCACGAAAGCACUCCCGCAACAAAGAGGUUGGUCAGACGGACACAAUCCUCGACAUGACGAUUGAAAUCGGAGGGACCGUGAAGACGAUGGAUGAGGGUGUAAGCUAUGAAAAGCACCACCAAGUAGUCAGAGAUAUGACUUUUGGAAAGGAUGAGCCUUCCCCAUCUUUGUUGGCCACAGCUCGCAGUGCCUAG